GUCGCCUCUGGGCUCCGUUCCCCCCCCCCCCGCCCCCCCUUGGGUUUGACCUACACCCGCCCGGAGAAAGAUGGCGGCGCCAGCAGCGGCCGGGCUCUCCCGGCAGGUACGGAGCUUCAGCACGUCUGUGGUCAGGCCCUUCGCCAAGCUCGUGAGGCCCCCUGUGCAGAUUUAUGGCAUUGAAGGUCGCUAUGCCACCGCCCUUUAUUCUGCUGCUUCCAAACAGAAUAAACUGGACCAAGUGGAAAAGGAGUUGCUACGGAUGGGGCAACUCCUGAAGGACCCCAAGGUGUCUCUUGCGGUUCUGAACCCCUACGUCAAGCGCUCCAUCAAAGCGAAAAGCCUGGCUAGUAUCACAGCCAAGGAAAAGUUUUCUCCACUGACAGCCAACCUCAUGAAUGUGCUUGCUGAGAACGGACGGCUAAGCAAUACCCAGGCGGUCAUCUCUGCCUUUUCCACCAUCAUGAGUGUCCACCGUGGAGAAGUGCCGUGCACAGUGACCACAGCAUCUCCUUUAGAUGACGCUGUUCUCUCCGAGUUAAAGACCGUGCUGAAGAGCUUCCUGGGUCAAGGACAGAUAUUGAAACUGGAGGUUAAGACUGAUCCAUCAAUCAUGGGUGGCAUGAUUGUCCGAAUUGGGGAGAAAUACGUUGACAUGUCUGCGAAGACCAAGAUUCAGAAGCUCAGCCAGGCCAUGCGGGAGAUGCUCUGAAGGCCGUUGCCUGUGUGAGCGCUCAUCCUUGGAGCAACAAUAAACCGCUUCCUAAACAGAG